AUGCCCGACUUGACCAUCAACGUCGAAAUUGCUGCAGCUCAACCUAAGGUAACACUGCUUGAGCUGCGCCUAUCCUCCACCGCCGCUGCCGAACCAAUAACGAAGCACGAACUGUGCAACCUUGACCCAACAACGAGAACCACGACCAACUUCCCUUCCCUCGUCCGACCAUCCGACCACCAACAAAACAAUGGCGGCCACCUUUUCGACUGCAGCAUAACCUCUCUCUCUCCAUCUACACCACCACAAUCAACCGACAACGACAUGUCUGGGCGCAAGCUCGGAGGUGGGCGCAUCUUGGGCAACGGCAAGGGCCUCGCCCCGCCCGCACCAGCGUCAUCAUCACCGUCACCCUCACCUUUAACCACCAAUGCCGCCAUCCAUCGCGCCGUCAGUCCAUUUGCGCCCUCCGACAGCAGCACCGUCUCCUUUGUCUCGCCAAACUCAACCCGCGACUCCAUCUCUCCGUCCUCAUCCGUCCCUCUUCCCGACAUCCCGCAAGACCUCGUCUCCAAUGUCAGCUUGGCCGUCGGUCCCUCCAAUGGCGGCGGCCCAUCCGGCACCGGCGUCAGCGCCAACGACAACCGACGACUCGUAUGCCCGAUUUGUGAAGAAGAAAUGGUCACCUUGUUACAGUUAAACAGACACAUCGACGACGUCCACCAAGAACUCCCUGAAGAGACGCAAGAUGAAGUCAAGAGCUGGUUCGACAAACAAGUCCGCAAAGCGAAAAAGUUCCAGCCCUUGAAUAUCAUCAACCAAACCCUGCGCGGGCUCGACGUUUUCGAAUCGAACGAGACACAACCUGUCGUUGCGACUGUCGCCAGUACCAGUACUAGUGCUGCUGCUGCACCCGGACGAACAGCAGAAAAGGCGGUAGACCCGGAGGAACUGGUUACACGACAUCACUGGCAGAAACCGACUGGAAAUGACCCCUGCACGGAUCCGACAUGCACGAGGAAAUUGGGUCCGUUUAGUGGACUGGUUAAUUGUCGACACUGCGGAAGGCUGUUCUGCGAGGAACAUACCAUGUACCAGAUGAAACUUAGCAGAUCGGCCAACCACGAACCGGUGCGAGGGAUAUGGUGUCGGGUUUGCGAGACGUGUUACAAGAGUCGGGAGGGGUAUAAUGAUCACCAGGGCGCCGUGAGGGAUCACAUGGCGGCGUUCAAGGCGAUACGAGCAAAGAGGGUGGAUAGACAUAAACUGGAGGUGCAGAGGCUGGAAAAGAGGUUGACCAAGUUGACGAGGUUGUUGGCUGAGAUGCCACCGGAUGAUGGGCCGGGACUACUUGGCUUGACGGGACAAAAGAGUCAAAGGAAGAUGAUUGAGCAGAGCGUGGUCAACUGGGAAGAGGAUGGGGCGGUUACGAAUUGCCCGUUUGCAAGCAGGAGUUUAGGAGUUGGACGUUUAGGAGACAUCAUUGUCGGAUAUGUGGACGGGUGGUUUGCGCUGAUCCGGAGACGGCGUGUUCGACCGAGGUUGGCAACGAUAAACACCGAAAAGCCACCCAGAACCGGAACCACUACAACGCUCGACAUCCGCAUGUGCCGCGACUGCAAAUCCACCAUCUUCUCCCACCGCGACUUCGCCGCUUCGAUAGCACACAAACCACCAGACCAACGCGCCUACGAGACCUUGCGACAGUUUGAGCGUGGAAUCCGGAUGUUGAUGCCCUCUUUCCAGAAAGCGCUUUUGGCUCUCCAGCCUCCGAACGAAAACGAUUAUCGACAGGAUAAACCGCCACCACAGCCGACAUCUGCACAAGUUCAAGAAGCAGCCAAGAUCCGAAAAAGAUUGACGGACGCCUUUGCGAAAUACGAUCUUGCAGCCAAGAGACUAAGGAAUAUGAAAACCGAUAGCCCGACGCAGAUAAAAUUGCAGCAGUCAGUGUAUGCAGCAGCAUCAUCUUUCUUACACGCCAACCUCAUCCCUCUGAAAUCGGUGCCGAGGGUUCUGAGGAGUAAUAGCAUGCAACAUCAACAUCGCCGAUUACUUAAUGGGUCAACAUCCGCUCUUUCGCCCUUACGAAACGGGGAGUCCGCCUUCUCCCAAGACGCAGAAACAUCAAGCAAUGCUGGGGUAAGCGAAGCCAGCGUCAUUCAGUCAGAACUGGACAUUGAAGAGAAAGAGGCCAAGGAGAGAUUGGUGGUAUUGGAGGAACAAAUGUUUAUGGUGCAAGAGAUGUUGAAGAGCGCGAGAGCGCAGAGGAGGUUUGAGGAGGUUAGUGCGUUGAAUAGGAAUGUGGAAGAGCUGGAGGCUGAGAUUGAGAGGGCUAAAGAGGGAGUUAGAGGUGUUGAGGAGAGGAUGGGCAGUCUGUAUAUUGCUGGGUAA